AUGAAGCUCACUUUCAGAGACCUAAAGCAACAAAAAUUCACCAUCGAGGCUGAACCUUCAGAGACAGUCGGCCAGGUGAAAGAAAAGAUCGCCCAAGAGAAAGGAUGGGAGGCAUCGCAACAAAAGUUGAUCUAUUCAGGCAAAAUUCUUCAAGAUGCGAACACUAUUGAGUCUUACAAUAUCGAGGAGAAGGGUUUUAUAGUAUGCAUGGUAUCGAAACCCAAACCCGCCGCUGGAGGCCCAUCCACGCCAGCCAGAGCAGCACCAGCCGCAACUCCCAGUGCUCCCGCUCCCGCUCCUCCAGCCUCUACAGCCGCUGUUCCUCAAGUUCCUUCGACUCCUACUCCAGCUUCUUCCGGAGCUGCUGCGGCCUCCGGCGAGGCACCUGCCUUCAAUGAUCCGUCAGCUUUGGCCAUGGGCACUCAAGGAGAAGCGGUGAUUUCACAAAUGGAAGCGAUGGGUUUCCCUCGUGCUGAUAUCGAUCGUGCUAUGCGGGCUGCUUUUUUUAAUCCAGACCGUGCUGUCGACUAUCUACUUAAUGGUAUCCCAGAGAACAUCGAGCAGGAACACGCUCAAGCUCGCGCUGCCGCUGCCUCCCCAUCAGCCGCCACUACACCUGCUGCCGCAGUUGCCGCAGUUGCCCCUGAAGCCACUGGUGACGAUCCAGUAAAUCUAUUCGAAGCAGCAGCACAGGCAGGCGGUGCUACAGGUCGUGGGGCAGCUGGUGCUGGAGAUGCUGGCACCUUGGGCAAUCUUGAUUUCCUUCGCAACAACCCUCAUUUCCAGCAAUUGCGACAGCUGGUGCAACAGCAACCCCAAAUGCUCGAACCCAUCUUGCAGCAGGUCGGAGCAGGAAACCCACAGUUAGCUCAGUUGAUUGGUCAAAACCAGGAACAAUUCCUCCAGCUUUUGGCGGAGGACUUGGGUGACGAGGGUGAACUUCCUCCUGGUGCGCACGAGAUUCGUGUUACGGAAGAGGAGCGCGAUGCCAUUGAACGACUCUGCCGCCUUGGAUUUUCACGGGACUCGGUUAUUCAAGCCUACUUCGCCUGCGACAAGAACGAGGAAUUAGCCGCAAACUUCCUCUUCGAGCAACCUGACGAGGGUGAAGAUCAAUGA